AUGACCACCGCCUUCGUGCGCGUCUCUGGUCCGCCGAACAGUAAUUUCCUUGUUGGAUAUCCUGGAAUCUCGGCAACUUCUCCGCGCAUAGAGGGCAAGGUAGAGAUACGCCCGCUACUCGGCGUAUCCGCUCCCGUUCAUGUCUCGCUAGUCACAGUCUGCCUACAACGGCGCGAAAGCAUUCAUCCUUCAGCCGACACAAUAAAAGGCCAUAUUGUCACGUCAAAUCGAAGGGAGAUCACAGAUAUAGUCGGCAAGGAGAUGCUGCUGUAUCGCGCUCCAUUAGGUCGUGAGAGCGAAGCAAUUCUGUCUAUGGAUCUUCCCUUCGUCAUAUUCAUCCCAUACGGUCGCGGUGGUGAAGAAAUGGCAAGACGUGUGCCACCAGCGAGCUUACAGUUGGAUCGUCGUGCCGCAGAAACCUACUACGAGAUUGUCGUCACUGUCCAUCACGGCGCAAGCGACCAGAAGAAGUACCCUUUUCCUGUACCCAUUGCGAGAUAUGAUACCUUGUCGACUUUUGGCAUGUACAACCGUCCAGAAAGUGCCGAACGUGUAGUCGACCACCUUGUCACACUCGCCAUUUCAUUACCUCGCUGGUCUUAUGGUCCCCUCGAUCCAGUCAGCGUCUACAUCAAAUUAACACCAAAUCCUGAUAUGCUUCGGAAAGCUAUGAAGGCUACAGUCAAAGCCAUUACAAUGAGCAUUGAAGAGGAGGUCAUAUACAACCAUCAAGGAGAUGAACCACAACGUAAAGCAAAAACGCUGGCUUCUUCCACCCAUCGCGUAGGGAUUAAGAUGCCCGAAGCUGGCUACUUUACAAAUCUGGGCCUGGUAUUUCCUGCCAGAGACUUGCGCAAUCAAGAAGGCAUCUUGCCUCGCCAAAAACGGGAAUUCCCUCUCUACGCCGUCAGCGGCUUCACAACCACUGGUACUCUGUACAAGAUAGAGUACUACCUGGUGGUCAAGGUAUGUUCCAUGCAGACGAUUCUCUCGAUGCAGUUUCUGACUCUAAACAGGNCCGUCAUGUCUGGCGCAAAGGACAUAAUGAUACGCCAACCCAUCGUUGUCUGCCCAUGGGACCACGCUGGUUGCAAAGAAGAGAUGGAGGCUAUCGAGCAAGCUGCCAAAGACGCCUAUCAUAUCUCUCCCGACAAUCCUAUGCUACCUGCUUCUACCAUCAUAAGAGCCUCCGAUGCCAAUGGUCUCAAAAGCCUAGGCAUGACCAUAGUUGGAGGCCACAGGAAACCCCUGAUCGAAUGA